CAAAAACAAGGUAAUAGCUAUUGAAAAAAAAUGGCGCCGUUGAAAUCUCUGGAGAAAGAGUAUCCACUUAUUGACUAUAACUUUCAAAGCUUUUGCGCUUCCCACGGCAUUUUCUCUGUUGAAGAUUUCCUCCUUCAUGAUCUUGAUGCAUUAACCGCUUUUGCGGAUAAUCAAUCUACUUCACAGAGACUGAAGCAGGGAAUCGAUCAGCUUCUCUCAGUAAUAGAUGCUCUACAUCCACCAUUGCUAAACGGUUUGCAGCUCUUGGAAGAUGCUAAGCGGAAUAAACAUGUUUUGUGUACUGGAUGUGAAGGGAUUGAUGCAUUGCUUGGAGGUGGAUUACGUGAAGGACAAUUAACUGAACUUGUAGGGCCAUCCUCGUCUGGUAAGACACAGGCUUGCCUACUGUCUGCCUCUACGGUUGCAAAGCAUGAGAAUUCAGUUAUAUACUUGGAUACAGGGAACUCCUUUUCACCUCAGCGUAUUGCACAUUUAGUUGGUCAGCCCUCUGGUUAUGCUGAUCAUGGACCUCUCCAAAAAGUAUUGGACAGGAUAAUUUGCUAUUCAGUGUUUGACGUCUAUCAGAUGUUUGAUGUGCUGCAUCAACUGAAGAUUAAUUUGAGAUCUAAGACUGUCAAAUCAGAUCAUCAUGUUCGAUUGCUGAUUGUUGAUUCAAUCUCUUCACUGAUUACACCCAUCCUUGGGGGCAGUGGUCCUCAGGGACAUGCUUUAAUGAUAUCCGCGGGCUUUUUACUGAAGAACAUAGCACAUGAUCAUAAUAUUGCAGUAUUGGUAACGAAUCAUGUGGUUGCUGGAGAAGACGGCAUUUCCAAACCAGCACUUGGAGAGAGUUGGAAGAGUGUCCCACAUGUACGACUUUUACUUUCUCGGGAAUGUGGAAGCAACGUUAGCAGUAUUUCAAUACUAAAACAUCCAUCUAUGGUAUGUCACUUGAUCAGAAAUUUUCUUUAUGGUAUGGGAUACAAUACAGUAGUUAAUGUCAUGUAUUUUCUAUGAGUUUUAUAAGAGUUAUGUUGUAGAUAAAGUGAUUGUGUCAUGUUACUGAGAUUUGUUUCGUUUUCCGUGCUUUAGUUUUUUUUUUUUUGUUUCAAAAAAUGCGGACCUCACAAAAUGUUGUGUGUGUAAAAAACUUU